CACCAUGGACUCCUUCUCUCUUUCUCCUUUUAACCUCUUCUUCCUCUUCAUUUUCUUCCAUCUCAACCCACUCUUAUUUCUUCAUCUCUUCUUCCCUUUCCCCUUCUUAUUCUCAUUUCACCCAUGAAGCAUAUCAUCCACAAACUCAGCCCCACACGUUUCUUCCUAAAGAAGAAAAAAGAUAAAGUCACUCGUUCCCACCCUUCUUCUUUUAGCUCCUCCUCUUCUUCAGAUUCUUCAUCUUCCAAUCACCAUCGUAAACCCAGCUCAGCCCCGGAUGUUACCUCCACUCCCACCAGUGUUUUACCCCAAAGAUCCGGUGACUGGUCCGAUAUUUCCGCAGAUAUUCACUACGAGCUCGUCCAGGUGUUCAAGUUACUCGACAGUGACAACGAUGGCCUGGUCUCCAGAACCGAGCUAGAGUCGCUCUUGAUCCGGCUGGGAGCCGAGCCGCCCACUCAAGAAGAGGUGUCUUUGAUGCUCAGUGAGGUGGCUUCUGACGGUGAUGGUUGUAUAAGCUUGGAUGCGCUGACGAGCCGGGUGGUUGACUCGGCUUAUAAGCCGGCUCGUGAACCGGAACUAAGAGAGACGUUUGAUUUUUUUGACACCGAUCAUGAUGGGAAAAUAACGGCCGAAGAAUUGCUGAGGGUGUUUACGGAAUUGGGGGACCAGCAGUGCACGUUAGAGGACUGCCGGCGCAUGAUAGCACUGGUGGGUAAAAAUGAGAACGGUUUUGUGUGCUUCGAGGACUUCUCUAAGAUGAUGGAGUUAGAGAGAUGAUCAUGAUUGUUGUCUUCUUGUUAUUAUUAUUAUUAUGAUGAUGAUCAUGUGAUGGUGCAUGUUCUUGAUGGUAUAAAAUGAAAGUAAUUUCAUUGUUUUUUGUUUUUUAUUCAUAAGAAUAUUAUUUUUCUA